CCGGCGUGCUUCGCGCUCUGUUCCCGGCGUGCUUCGCGGCGCGGGCCGUUUGGAGAGGACCAGCCACGGGAGCUUGCCUGGCUGAGGGCAGGAGGCGUCUAGUUGGGGCCUGCGGCUGUCGUAGACGCCUGACGGAGACACGUUUGGCAGAGGAAGAGGGGAGAGGGGGGAAAAACCCCUCCACCGCCCGAAGAGGCCACGGCAAGAAGAGACGGAUCACUGUUCAGAUGACCUCUGGAAAACCAACCGAUAUGAGGACCUGAUGUGGUGGAAUUACCAGAGAGAGAAAGAGAGGAAUGUCAUCUAAAGAGGAGGGAAAAUUCUUGUCUUACAAUGGCGAAGUCCUUGUUUUUGAGCUGUCUAGAAGAAAAUCAUCAGGGGAAAGGCCUGAGAAAACAUCAAGACUCCACGUCCGAAAAAUGGCAUUUGAGAGAGGCACAAGAACGUUUGUUCAGCAGGCGGCUGAAAUAUUCAGCCUGCACGGGAAGCACUUCAGUGUUGAAAUGGUGUGUUGCAGCUGCACAGUCGACUGCCGGACAGGAAUUAAUCUCCCUUGCAUUUUGAUCAGAAAGGAGAAAAAAAAGAGUGUGUUCAAAUAUUUUUUAUUGCUCCUUCACAGCUCCAAUAAGUUUGAGCAGCGGUUGGCUUUUAAAUUGGACUAUGAGCUGCAAGAUGACGUAAAACUGCUUGCUGGCCCGUCCGUCUUGUGGAGGCAUUCCAGUGCCUUCUUUUACAUCUCCUCCCAAACUGCCACCGUGGUUAGUGCUCCUGUUCUAUUUUCUUCGAUCAAGUGGGCAGGAGAUAUUGAAAAUCUAGGUACUGUUAUAUUGGGAGUAAGAGAAGCUCAUCCGCCCAUGGGAGAAAGCAGCCAGGCGGCUUCACAAUCAGAUGCGGCCAUAUGGGGGACUGAAUUCUUUGCAUACUCUAUCGAGAGAAAAGAAACACUGACGGGUGCUUGUUUCUUGCCCCACGCCUAUGGCACUGUGGUGACUUGUCUGCACGUCUGUGCAAUUGAGGUCGUGGACAAGCAGUUGAGAACAUCUGUGGUUGCUGUCACUUGCAAGAAUCAGUUGAUUUGGUUCCAAGAUGGUCUCCCCCAAAAUAUUUGCCAGCUUCCAUUUGAAAAUCCCUACGAAGUACAGGUUAUGGCUUCAGUUGGAGGGGACUUCUUCAUUGUCUUCUUCGAAUCCAAUAAUGUCUGUGCAGUUUGGAAAAAUGAUUUUCAGGUUACUUCCAAGUGGCAAAAUGUCAAGUCAGUUCUGGUAGAUGACUUUACCGGAAGUGGAACUGAACAAAUACUAUUGAUUUUUGAGGAUGAAUUCAACCCAGAUUGUCUGACGACAUUCAGAAUAACCAAUCUCAGUAACAUUAACUACUCAAGUGAUAGUUUUGAGUGUGAAGAAGAUGCUUCACCUGAAGAUCAACUACAGGAGAAUCGUUCCUUAAUGAUUCAGGCUCUUGAAACAAGAUUGCAAGUUGGUUUGGCUGGUAUUGAAGAAUUGAAACAGCAUCUACACCUCAAGGACAAAGUCAUUAUGAAGUCCUGCAGAGCUUUAGUAGAACUUGCCCGGGGGAAAGAAUAUACUCUUGGAAGUGCAGAGGAGGAAGGUCUUGUUUCUCUGUGGGAUGAUCCCGAGCAGCCUCUCCAUCCCAUUGAAAAGCCAAGCGACACGUCUCCAGAUUUAGAACAUCUAGUAGAGAAGCUGUGGCAUCGUGUGGUGGAUGACCGCUUGGUUGUUGGACUAAAAUUAAAGUAUUCACCUGUCAUGUCUCUCACUGACGUCACUUUAUAUCUGCUAAUGGAUGAACCUUGUGGUAUGAACUCUCCACUUAUUGAGUGUCAGAAUAAAGUGAUAAAGCUGAAAACGGAGUCUUUCUCAGCGACAUCAUUUUCAGUUUUGCCAGCAGAACCUGAAGCUAAAAGGAUAAAACUGGCCCAUCCCAAAAAGGAAGGGGAAAAUAAUUACGAUGAGCAACAGUUGCAUUCAGAUUGUAUACAAAUGUACACUGCUGUUACAUCUCUUUCACCUCUUUUGGUGUUACACAAUUUUUGUUGUGUUGUGCUGCUUCAUGCCCAAAGAAGAGAGAAUGAAGAGACCACUGGAAAAGACCAGGGACUUGCUAUGCCUUGUGGAAGAGUCUUUAUAAAUCUAGAUGACCUUUCCAGUGGAAAAUAUUCCGUAAAACUUUCAAGGAAAAAUAGUAGUCUUACAGGAUUUGUAGAGGAUCUUUUUGCCACUCUUGCUGUAUUUGACAAAUUUUGUUUCCAAAUAACAUCACCUGAUUAUAAACUGACUUCCGUGGCUCCCUGGCUUAUUGAAGACCUGGAAUGUGAACUAAUCAAGGAAUUUCCUGGCCAUCUGCUCUGUAAGAAGCCUGGAGAUGUGCAAGGAACCCUUUUCAACUGGAGCCAAAAAAUGCCAUUUGAGGGAAUUCUAGAAGUAUUCUGCAGAAAUCAAACAGUUUUGUUCCAGUGCCUUCAUGAUCUCACCAAGGUUCUCCCUCCAGGCUGUGUGGUAAAACAACUAAAGUAUGGGAGCAAGGGCUCCCUUACUGACCACCUGGCACUAGGUUUAGAAAAGGAAAUGGUUACCCUCAGGAGUUUGUUUUCAUCUGCCGUAUCCGAGGCUGCGCAAAAGUUGGCACUGUCGUGUGACGCUGACCCCCAAUGCAGCAGUGACACCGUGGCAGCUUCAUCACUCUCAGAAGAAGUAGUGCAGCAGUACAGAGACAAAUUUCAGAAAGAAAAAGAGCAAAGCAUGUUGGGGAUGAAUCUGACAAUCAGUGGUGCCCAUUACAGAGAAAUUACUUGGAAACUAGCUGAGAUUCAGCUAAAAUCCGACAGAGAUGCACAGAAACUGGACAGUUUAUAACUAUGUUCAAAACGUAAAUAUCUUUUGAAUAUUUUAACUCCCAGACUAUUUUUUAUUUUGCUGGGUUUUUUUCAUUGGUUCCUGUGGUGCCCAAAGAUCUAAAAAUCAUGACUUCAAAGCAGUUACAUUUGGUUUACUCUCCUCCUCCCCCACACCAGAAUCUAGCACAGCGCUUGGCAUAUACCAACCACUUAAAGGCACAAAGAAGUGAAGUGAAUUGUCCAAGAACACACAGCAGUCUAAUAGUGUACCUGAGAUUUGAAUCCAGGUCUUGUGACCCCCAAUCCCGUGCUCUUUCCUAAGCCACUUGGCUGCUUCUCUUUCCCUCCCCUUUCCUACCUCCCAAUUUUGGAUUUCACUCAGUAAUAAAUGAUGAAACUGUGUUUAAGUCUUUGAGCGGGGGUGGAAUUAUUGAAGUGAAAUGAAAAUCCUGUAUUUCCACCAUGCAGAUCUAAAAUAAGAGCAAUAAAUGCUGUGAUAUAGGGCUGGAGAACUCAAAUGUGUCAGUGGUAUGUCAGAGUUGUGUGUUUGCUCUCUUGAAUAAUGGAAUUUUUAGGCACAGAUAUCCAGUAAAGAAUAAAGACAUUUCAACCACUUAAA